AUGGAGCAUGAGCACACAGGGCAGGAUGGCACGCCGGCGCCAUACGGGAGAGCAUGUACGAAUUGUGCUCGUGCUAAGUGCAGGUGUAUCUACAGGUCGGAAGGGGCCGACUGCGAGAGAUGUCAUCGGCUGAGGAAAGAAUGCGUUCCGUCGGUCAGCGUGCGAAAGCGCAACCGUAAGAAGGCUCAUGUGUCCCGAGCCGCGCAGUUGGAGGCCAAGCUCGAGGACCUCGUCACACUCCUCCGGCACCAAGCUUCUCCUACAGAUCGGCCGCCAUCUCGAGGUGACACGGCAGAUGCAGCAAACACGAGUACGCCAGCACUGAGUGGUCACUCGACCACCAGCCCAUCCGAACAUAGCUCUCCUCGAUCAGCCGCCCCUAUGGUCCCCGUCCCUGAACGUCCACCCCAUUUUGGUUACACCAAAGGACCGCCUGCACGCGAACCUCCUGCCGGGACUAUUCCUGACCACUCCAACAUGGGUCCCUUGGUGGGACCAAGCGAGGCGCUUUCCAUGCCAGGCUCUAUCUAUCUUCCGGAUCACCGUGAGGCCACCAAACGGCUGGAAACCUUCCGCAAGUACAUGUUGAUAUUUUUGCCCUUUGUACAUAUUCCUGCGUCAAUUACGUCGGAACGGCUGAAGCAAGAGUCGCCGUUCCUAUGGUACAGUAUCAUGACCGUCACCUGCGAGCAUGUGGAUAGACGUCUGUCGAUGAGUGACACAGCCAAGAAGUUUGUGGCUCAGAAGAUAGUCGUUGAGCAUGAGAAGAACGUCGACUUGAUCCACGGUUUGAUUGUGUUCAUGGGCUGGACACAUUGCCACCUGAAGAAGGACAAACCCAUCCUUACCGUUCUCGCGUCCCUUGCCAAGUCGUUGGUUUUCGACCUGUGCCUCAACAAGCCUUUUAUUGAGCCCUCAUUCGCGGCCUGCCUCAAGGCGUUAAAGCAGCCAUAUUUGGUACCCAUAAGGGAAAAGACACUUCAGGAGCGCCGUGCCGUGCUUGCUUGCUUCCUCCUCACCUCUCAACUCGCAUAUUCCAACAAGAGGCUAGAUGCCUUGAACUGGACCCCCUACAUGGACGAGUGUCUGGAAAUCCUCUCGCAACAACAGGAGUGGGAAGGGGACGACCUGCUCAUCGCGCAGGUCAAGGUCCAGCUGCUCGUCGAGGAAGUGACGCGUGCGGCGUCUCAGUCCCCGGAUGGCAUACCCCCUUGCUAUGUGCUGUCAUCACUCCGGACACAACUCCAAGCUACUGCUGCCCAGCUCCCGCCGCAUCUGAAACACAACGACACAAUCCUAAGCCACAUCUCCUACGCUGAACUCGCCAUCCACGAACCAGCCUUGAACAAACUCACAGCCACCGGGCCCCACGCCAACCGCGGCACCUUCGCCAGCAUCCAGCGCUACGAAGCCCUCGAAGCCUGCCUCAACGCCAUCCACGACUGGGUCGACCGGCACUUCUCCAUCCCCAGCUACGUCUACGUCGGCAUGACCUUCACCUACUGGUGGAACAUGGCCCACUGCAUGCUGAUGCUGUACAAGCUAUCGGUGUUGGACGAGCCCGCGUGGAACCGCCGCGCCGUGCGCCAGCGGCUGGAUCUGCUCGCCGUCUGUGACCGGCUCGGCGCCGGGUUUGAUGAUAUCUCGGGCCCGCGCAACGAGUUGACAGGGCCGACGUUGGAGGAGGAUUCGUUUGCCAAGUUUGCCAAGAUGGUGCGGGCGAUGAAGGCGAAUUGGGCGCCUGAUUUGGCGGUUGUUGAUGGGCAUCCGGUUGCUGCUGCUUCGGCUGCGGCUGCGGCUGCGGCUGCGAAUAAUCAGGCGUUCCUUGACACUAGCAUGGAGGGACUGAAUGUCCCUUUUUAUCAGACGGACGACUCGGAUGCGUUCAUCGCGGGGUUGUUUGACAUGAACUGGGAUAUUUGA